AAGAUUUCUUGCUCAAGAGUUUUCCUUCAGCCCACAAGCCCUCCUGCCGCAGCAUGGUGAAACUCUCGGUGACCGUUGUUGACGGGAUCCUGGGAGAGUUGACCCCGCAGCAGGUGACUGAUUGGGCAAAGGUCCAGGGGAUUGCGCUGAGCGUGGAGAAGCGGGAUUUCGACCAGUGGACCUUCAGUGCCGCCGAGGAAAAGCCAGAAGCCAUCAGGAAGAUGCUCCAAAGGCAAGAAGCAGGAAUGCUGAACCCGUGUUCGAACAAGCGCAUACACAUCGUGGUCGAGCGAGCCAAGCCGCAGGUCUCGGCGCGAGUACCGCAUCAGCCAAUCAACCAAGUGACAGAUCCCGAUUCCAUCGUGGCGCAGAUCUGGGCCUCUUUGCAACUACGUCUAAGCUUCAAGGGCACGGUUGCGGACAGCUUUCUCUUCGAACUGGAGAGCGCGGAGCCGGAGCACUUGAACCGACUCCUGAGCCUGAAGACCGUCUACGGAGAGGACCAGUACGGCGAGGAUGUCUUUGUGUCCUUCAUGCCCUACACUGCCGCGCAGGCCUGGUCCGUGCCUGGUGAAGGCAUGCCACCGCCACCGCCUCCGCCUCCUCCACCCAGCUACGGCUAUGGAGGCGCAAGCUAUGCUGCUACCAGCUCCCAGAAGGAGGCCCAGCCCAUGGUGGUAACCCACAUUGAGAUCUACCACGACGGAGAGAACUGCCCCAUCCCAGACGCGGAGAUGGUCACGGAUGCGGAUGGCGCCUGGGUCAUGGAGACGACGGGCUUCAAGAAGGUUCCGAAGAUCAAACCCGGCAAGGCUCGGCUCAUCCAGUUCGAGGUCCUGAAAGAGAAGCUCCUUCGGCGACUGGUGGAGUGUGUGGAGGGUCCAACUGUCGCGGCCGCAAAGGAUCUCACAGGUUUGUCUUUCAACUGGCACUUUGUCAUGAGCUUUGACAAGAAGGGGAUCGAGAAAUGGAGACCACACGUCGCCCUGAAGAACAACAUGAUCGCAUGUGGUGUUAAUUUUGUGGAUCCAGGAACCAAAGAUGGAGCGGUUGAUGUCAAGCUCAAAGAGCUGCUCAACAAGGCGGAGAGGCGAUGGACGCACGUAGACGAGGACGAGAAGAAGGGGUUGCUCUGCGUUUUGAUCGCGGGAGACUGUGACUAUGGUGACAACGUGAGGCAACUGCGAAAGUACGGUCCAUGCUCUCCGGGUGUCCAGGUGUGCAUCGUCUACUCCAAGAAUGCCCCUGCCAAAGCUGCUUUUCUUCAGCACGUGCCCCAAGCCAUGAUUGUGGAUGAAUGGUCGCAGAUUGUGGAGAACAGCCGCCUGGCAGGCGAAGAGGCGCAUGAGGGUGACGACAGGUGGCUAAAGAUUCAGCCGCCCAAGAUGAAAUUUCUGCGCAUCAUGAACAGGAUGCCAGAAUUCGAGCAGAAGCUCCAGGGCGUUCAUCCUGCCUUCUCACUCAACAGCUCACCAGGUUGGCUUGAGAUCGUGGCCGACCCAUCUGCGACCACGGAGCACAUCCUGCGUGCAAGGCAUGUCAUCUCCGGUCUCCUGGAGGACAUCGUCCAAGAUGGAGCCUUGUCGGUGAAGGGCUUCACUCCGACACAGCUCCAUGCCGAUGCGAAGCUGCAGAACCUUGCUCAGAUGCGCCGGGUGUGCCUCUUCAUCCCAGGCCUUGGUGCGGCGAAAAGCAAGGCAGCUGGCAAAGCUCCCGAGGCAGGCAUGGCGAGCCCACCGGCCGUAACGCUGCGUGCAAAUCAGCUCUUCGUGUGGAUGAAUGGCCGCUUCGACUACACUGUCGCCAAGGAUCUCUGCUGGCAGGUGAGUUCAGUAGCUAUCCACCAGUUUCAACAGGUGGGUAGCUACUGUGUGGCCACCAUCGAUCUUAUCCGCCACAAGCACGAUUUGUUGAUUCAAGCGAAGGCAAAGCUGCUUCAACUAAAGAGGACGGACAUUGCCUUCAGCGACAAGCCUUUCACACCAGAGACAAGCACAGGCAGCAAAGUGAUACAGAUGCAGAUGAAGCAUCCCACUCUCUGGAAGGCCGAUGACGUGGAGAAGCUCAAGAAGCGCAAUCGCUUGACUUUCGAGUUUCAGGAAGAGGCCCGGGUGUACAAGGACUAUGCCAGCCGUGUUGUGAGCUGUACGCCCUCAGAAAGAGCGAGAAUGCUGGGAUGCACAGAGAAGAACGUCUCCUUCAAGGAUAGGGUUGGCAAGGCUAUUUCGGUUGGCUCUGCGGAGGCAUCCUCCGUGGCUUCCGGGCCGAGUGCCAGGGCGACAGCCAUCUUGGUUUAUGAGAAAGGGAAUGAGGGUGAGGUGGCGCAGGUGGAGAGUUACAUUAAGGACUUGUCCAUCGAGACGGAGGAGGUCUUCCUUCUGACCGAGACGAAGCAGCUACAGUUUGCAGAGUACCAGCUCCUCAACUGCACUUGGCCUCGAAUUGAGGCUCGCCUUCGCAGAUUCGGGCUUCAAGACGUCGCCAAGGAAGAUGGAACCAAACCGGUGGCACUCCUAACAGGAAAGGCGGCUGACGUGCAGGAGGCUUGCAACUGGCUGAAGGAGAAGGUGGAGACUAUCCAAGUCCUGAAAGAGGAUUUUGGACAGCAGAAGUUCCAGAAUUGGCUGGAUGCCGUCAAGACCUACGUUAAGUCGGUCAUCCGUGGCAGGUCCCGCUCCUCCAUGCCGGAGGCCGAUGACUCGCCUGCAAGCUCGGAUGAGGGCAGCUUCAUGGGUUACUCCAUCUCGGGCUCUGUAGUGAAGCUGGCCUGCUUCCCCGAAGAUCUGGAGGAGGCGAAAGAUCUGAUGGAGGAGAUCAAGAGCUUUUGCCAAGCCUACGACGAGCAGUGGUGGCAGAUGCCUUCGCUCCCUGUGGAGCGAAAGUCUCAGGUGGAGCGGAUUUUUUGGAAGUCCGAUUUCACGCACACGCUGAAGCAGACCUUCAACUUAUCCAGAGAUCCCACAUGGUGGAAGCACAGCUUGGAGCUCUGUGGCAGGACAGAAGAUGUGGCCGCCGCUGUGGAUUCGCUUUCUGCCCAGUGUGCUGCAGAUGAGCGUGCGCAGUUCGCCGCAAAGAUUCUGCCUGCGCUCUCCUGGCUGCUCUUCAAAGACAAGGACAGGUUCAUGCGGCUCCGCCAGCAGCUCGUGGACAGCCACCCGGGUAGCAAGCUUUUCCUGAGCACCGGGAAGCUGACAGUCCAGUGCCGCAAGUCGUUGCUGCAAGGAGCCCAGGACUGGCUGGAGAAGGCUAUGCAGGCGCUUGAUCAAGGAUUGGAGCGCAAGACCAUGCAGCUGAGCGAGAACGAGCUCGACUUCUUGAAGAAUCUUGAGGGCGAACGAAUCCUGCGACAAAUUGUCAAGAUUCCAGCUUGGCAUGAUUUUCUCCAAGAAGAGCAGAGCCUUAUGGCUCAUUGCCGCCUGCCGAACGGCUGCGAUCUGGAGUUGAGGCACGGGGACAUCCUGUCGAGCAACCUCGGCAUUCGGGCUUUGGUGAAUUCCGCCAACGAGCAGCUCUUGACCCUGCAGGUGGGUGGCAUUGCAGCGAAGAUCAAGGCGCAAGGCGGGCCGGCGCUGGUGGAGGAGUGCCGCCAGAUCCUUGCCGAGCGCCAGGUCAACGUGACCGAGGUUGCCGUGACAGACGCGCAUGCCCUGAAGUCUGCCGGCUUUGAAAAGAUCUUCCAUGCAGUGCCGCCGGUCUACAAGGCCACGCAACAGGCGGCCCGUGAGAUGGAAGCGACGGUCCUGUCCAUCCUGAUGGAGGUGAGGAAGGCAGACAUUGACAGCGUUGUUCUUCCGGCCCUCGGCGCUGGCAUCUUUGGCUGGCAGGAUGCAAGCUCUACUCUCACGGAGCGCGUCCUGCGUGCCCUGGCGUUUUGGGGAGAGAACGAAAGCGCCAGCGCGAGUCCCAAGCGCGUGGUCAUCAUGGACACCAACAAGAAGAUUCUCAAGGAAUUUGUGAACGCCUUGGACAACUUUGACGACAUGGAGGAACAGCCUCACUCCCCCGUGCCGCGCCAGGAGCCAGUCUUCCACCCUCCUUCCCACCCGCAGUACCUGUGGGUGUACGACUGCUCGGACACUGGUCGAGGCUGGGUUGCCUACGACUAUGACCAAGCCUCCCAACUCGAUGCUGCCUUUGAAGGAGGAGAGGGCCGGGCGCCUUUGUUUGGAGACCGCUCCGGAAAGCCUUCAGACUCCGCCCACAUUGAGCCCGGAAACACCUUCGCCACGUACGAGGUCGACUUCUCACAGCGUGGGGCCGACCAUUGCGCUAAGCAGUACAACACAAAGUCGCGCUAUUCCCGCAAGGUGCAGGCGCUGCCCCUGGGCAGUGUUGAAGAGGCUGUCCAGAAGCUCCCGAUGUACAAAGAGCAGUAUGAUGCCCGCAAGAAGUCGCACGAGGAGGCGCUGAAAGAAUGGCGGGACGAGGCUUCGUCGGGCCAGUCUAGUGCACCGCGCCCGCCGAAGCUGCAUCGUGCCAGCUCCUUGCGGCGGAUCUUCUCCAAGGUCUCUUCAGAGGCAACCUCGUCAGCGUCAGGGUUGCAGCUCACCGGCUUCGAUCCCCUGGCCACGAAAGCCGAGAAGCUGAUCACCAAGCACCUGCAGACCGCGCGCGAGAAGACGGCGCCCAUGCGCAUCACGCUUGGUGCCGGGGAGACCUUCCAGGAAGCUGUUGCCAACUUCGAGGACUUCGUGGCGCGGCGUGGCCACGUGCAACUCAAAGUCGAGACACAAGAAGACUCCUUGGUGUUGAACGUGCUCGGUAAGACCAACUUGUCAACAGCACAGAGUGAGUUCCAUGCCUGGGACCGUGAUCGUGCAUGGCGUGCACGCGACCAAUUGCUGGAGCAGAAUCAGGCAACGUUUUCUGCCACGUGGUUUAGGGCGGGCAGAAUGAAUAGCUUCAGACCAGGAGAGUUUCUUGCGCAGUCUGUGCGGAGUGUGAGUAUUCACAGAGGCCUCCUGCGGCUCGCAUCCGGCAUUUGCCUGCCAGGUGAGGUAUCCAUCGGAGUGGGGUGCGACAGAUGCAGAGAGUCCUCCAAGCUUCCAAGAAGUCACGGAUCCUGCAGAGCUCGAGAAGGUCCGGCAGCUGAUGUUCGGUGAGACCGGCCUGGGCCAGAAGCAGGCCGUCUGGCACAAGCAGAUCGUGAAGGUCGAGCGCGUGGUGAACCCCAUCUUGUGGAUUCGGUACUUCGGCUUCUGCCGAGUCCUGGUGCAAAAUCCCCGGAACAAGGACAAGGGCAUCAACGAGGUCUGGGUCAAGCAUGGCACGGGCUCGACGGAUCCGAAGACGAUUUGUCAGGGAGAGCUUGGGCUGGCCUUCAACUACAGCAGGGAGAGCGGCAACUUCUAUGGCAAGGCUUUGUACACCGCAGAGAAUGCAGCCUACGUGGAUCCGGGCUACGCCUACUCAGGCUCGGGCAACAGCCAGAUGUUGCUUUGCAAGUUUGCCGCCGGGACAGUCUGCCAGUUCUCUUCCCCUCAGACGGGGCUGCUGUCUACUCCUGAGGGCUUUGACUCAGUCAGAGGCCCAGUGCGAGGAGACAUGCAGGCCCUGAUGUCCUAUCAGAGCUACCAGGUCUACCCCUUCUACCUUGUGACCUUCAGCCCAUGAGACCUUCCAGCACUCCCCCGAUUUCCAUUGAAGACACCCCAAACACCAUUUCAUAGAGACCCUAAGGCGCUUGAUAGAGGCACAGCAAUCCGUGAGUAGAUAGAAUAUGAUC